CUGUAGAAGGAUUUACCGCAUAACUACCGAAUAUUUUUGUUUCAUUAGAAGCAUGCCAUGAAUUUCCGCUCGAAUGCCCUCGGCCUCAUUAAAUGCAGAGCGGGUGGUGAGGGGGCGCGCACCCACACCUGUCCCACUCCCCCUUCGCAGUCAGCACGCACCCGACCGAUACGACCUGCUGGCUUCCUGAGUUACUCGGGACGAAAAUGUCGACCAUCCGAGUGGUCGACGUCGAGCGGUCGCCGAUUCGCGUCAUGAUGCAGGCCGAGGCUGUGCCGGACCGCACGCUGGCCUGCUUUCCUGUGGCCUUCAGGAACGAUGCGUCUCCUUAUUCCGGCCAGAAGGACUUUAGCAAAGAGGUGCGCGCGGCGUGCCGCGACAUCCACCGCCUACCACGCUUGGCCAAAGUCGUCUUCAUCGGCGACUGCGGCGUCGGCAAAACCUGCCUCAUCAACAGAUUUUGCAAGCGAAUCUUCGACUGCAAUUACAAGAUGACGAUCGGCGUGGACUUUGAGGUGGAACGUUUCGACAUAAUUGGAGUUCCAUUCAGCCUUCAAAUGUGGGACACGGCUGGCCAGGAGAGGUUCCGCUCCAUCGCCACCUCUUACUACAGGGGAGCCAACGCUCUGGUAUUGGUUUUCGACAUGACCGACCUUGAAACUCUUAAGAACAGCCGCCAGUGGAUGAACGAGGCCAUGGCUGCAAACUGGCAUGGACCAAAACCACUUGUUUUUCUAGUCGGAACAAAAAAGGACUUGCUAUUAAAAACGGAGCCAUCUAUAAAGUUGGUGGAGGCGAAGGCGGCGCAAAUGUCUCGAGAGCUGGGCGCCGAGUUGUGGCUUUUGUCUUCCUGUACAGGUGACAAUGUGCUCGACUUCUUCUUCCGAUUGGCCGCCCUCAACUUCGACAGAUCCAUUUCGAGGGAACUCGAAAUGAUUACCGCCAGGGAGACAAAAUUUGGCUUCGAUUUAGUCAGUCCAAAGAGGCUGGAGAAACCAAAGCCGACGACAAGCAGGAGCUCGAACAACUGCUGUUGAAUUUGAGAAUGUGACCAAUUGAUUUAAAAGGUGCAAGAACAAAAUAAAAUAAUUAAGUAGGCACGAG